CUCCCUCUCUAUCUCCAUUUCUAAAGUCUAAAAUGGAUGAGCAAAUCCAGUUCAUGUCGUACAAGCAAUCUUCCUCAACAAGGUCAAUGGGCAUAAGCAUCCCUGCCUUCUCCUUGAUUUUCCUAUUACUUCUAUCAGUGCAAACAGCUCUAUGCGCAGACUGGAGAUAUGAAGCUUGUAGUAAGGACGUCAGUUGCGGUGAAGGACCCAACAUUGGUUACCCGUUUUGGAUUGAUGGUAAACAAGAUUUCAUCUGUGGCAUCCCGGGCUUUCAGCUGACCUGCAAGAAACGGCAGCCCACCAUCAAUUUCUUUACUGCUGACUAUGUCAUCCGUAAUAUCUCCUACCAAAACCAAACACUUCGAGUCAUUGAUGCCAAAGUUCAAACAGAUGGUGGGUGUUCAUCUCAAAUUCAGAACCUCACCCUGGAUAGCACACGCUUCCGCUAUGGUCCAAACCAUGCAGAUCUCUUCCUCUUCCUCAAUUGCAACCAAUCCCUCCCUUCUGAAUAUUCACUUCACGGGAUCAAUUGUAGUUCCGUCUCUUCUAUGGCGUUACUCGAGGACGAUCCCGUGUUGGAUAAAGCGAAGGCUUUGGGGUAUUGUAAUCGAACGGUAGUCGCACCAGUUGACAGGAAUAGUACAAAUGGUGCAAAUAGUGGAGUCAGCGAUGUGUAUGGAAAUUCGUCAUAUUACACACAGCUGUUGAAGGAGGGGUUUGAUUUGAUAUGGAGUGCUUCUGACUGCAGCAAAUGCCAAAGAAGCGGUGGACAGUGUGGGUUCAAUUGGACCACUUACAACUUUAUUUGCCUGUGCCAUGACCGCCCACACCUCGUGAGAUGCGGUAAAUGUAUGUUCAUCUCGGUUCUCUGUUCUCCUCUUAAAAUUUCAUUCAUUCUGCUUUUGAUUUCAAAGCAAGAAUGGGUGACCGUUGACCAAAACAGUUGCCCGAAACCUAACUUGUUGGACUGUCCUCUCUUCUGUAUUCUUGUUCACAAUCCUGUAUAUGCAAGAAGAUGGGUUAUACCUGUACUGCUUCCCAUGGCUUUGAUGGGUUAUACCUGCUUUGGCUCUCUUGGUGGGGGAAUAAUUAUAGGAUGCCUAAUGUUCUUCAUCUACAACCGACAUCACUAUCGCAAGGGGGGCCUAUUGAAUCUAGUCAGAAGCAAAAACCUCUCUUCUCCUUCUUUAACACCCCUCUCUGGAAUUCCAUUCGAUCCAACCUCGACAGACCUUGAAAAUGGAAGCAACUACUUCGAGUUCGGAGUCCAUGUAUUCACUUACAAUGAGCUCGAAGAAGCCACUAACAACUUCAAUUCUAAUAAAGAACUUGGGGAUGGUGGCUUUGGCACUGUGUACCACGGCAAGCUCCGGGAUGGACGUGAGGUUGCAGUGAAGCGCCUUUAUGAAAACAACUUCAAGCGUGUUGAGCAGUUCAUGAAUGAAGUCCAAAUCCUUACCCGUUUACGCCAUCAGAGCCUUGUCACACUAUAUGGAUGCACUUCACGACACUGCCGUGAACUCCUCCUUGUUUAUGAAUUCAUUCCCAAUGGAACUGUGGCUGAUCAUCUUCAUGGUGAUAAAACAGAUACUAGGUCACUCACUUGGCCUAUAAGGAUGAGCAUUGCCAUAGAGACUGCUACGGCACUGUCUUACCUCCAUGCUUCUGAUAUCAUACACCGUGAUGUGAAAACCAACAACAUUCUCCUUGACAACAAUUUCCGGGUAAAAGUUGCAGAUUUUGGGCUUUCCCGUCUGUUCCCCACAAAUGUUACCCAUGUCUCCACUGCACCACAAGGGACUCCAGGCUAUGUUGACCCCGAGUAUCACCAAUGCUACCAGCUUACAGACAAGAGUGAUGUAUACAGCUUCGGGGUAGUCUUGAUUGAACUCAUAUCAUCAAUGCCUGCUGUAGAUAUCAAUCGGCACCGGCAUGAGAUUAAUUUGUCUAACUUGGCAAUCAACAAAAUCCAAAAUAAAGCUUUGCCCGAGUUGGUAGACCCCUGUCUUGGAUUUGAUUCAGAUUAUAUAGUACAGAGGAUGAUAACAUCAGUGGCCGAGUUGGCAUUUCGUUGUCUGCAACUUGAGAAGGAGAUGAGACCUACCAUGGAUGAGGUGUUGGAGAAUUUGAAGCAAAUUGAGAAUGAAGACUACAACAUGGAGAAGGCGGAGGGAGUCAAUCAGACAGACUCUAUAGGGUUGUUGAAGACUACUAUCCCACCAUUUUCGCCUGAUUCUGUGACCAAUAAGUGGGUUAGCCAGUCCACCACACCUAAUACCAGUUCUUAAGUAUCCCCUUCUCAUUUAUGCAUCAUCCAAAAUACAUGGGAGGAAUAAGUUCUACUUUCAUAGUCAGAUGCAAAAUUAGUUGAUUGUAUUUGUAAUUUCAACUCCUUUUCAUCUGCUUGUGUUUUUGUUGUGCAGUACUCAAGGCUACAGUUGUAACAUCACUGAGCAUUAAGGAUUGAGGGCGUUGUACAUACUUAAAAGGACUAUAUCAUAUAUUUGUCAUUUCUUA